UCCUUCGCAGUGCGCGCCGUUCUCUGUCUUUCUUCGGGAUCCGUGCAGAUAUGAAGCUCUCAAACCAGUCGGAAGUCCCCGUCUAUACGAUCUCCGGGUCGAAUACCGCUCGUCCGCUUCCUGAAUGGCUUGCGAAACGCCGAAAGCGCAGUCUGAAAAAUGACCCCGAAUAUGCGAACCGCGUUGAACUGCUGCAGGACUUUGAGUUCGAGGAGGCCAGUCAGUGUAUUCGAGUGAGUGAAGAUGGCGAAUGGGUCAUGAGCACAGGAACCUACAAGCCUCAAAUCCACACCCAUUACCUCCCUCAGUUGUCGCUUUCAUGGGCCCGUCACACAGAUGCGCUUAAUACGACAUUUCUAUUGCUCUCCUCCGACUACUCGAAAUCCCUACAUCUGCAGUCCGACCGAUCGCUCGAGUUUCAUACGCCUUCCGGCUGCCACUAUAAGACGAGGCUUCCGCGAUAUGGACGUGAUUUGAUCUACGAUAGAGUAUCAACGGAUGCUCUCAUCCCCGCUGUCGGCGUCAACUCCGAAGGAAUGGGGGAGGUGUUCCGUCUAAACCUAGAGUUGGGCCGUUACAUGCGCAGUUUCGAGAUCGAUGUAGGAGGCGACGAUUUCACUUCGACCGGGGGCGGAACGCUGCAAGGCGGCAUAAAUACCGGUGCAGUCAACACAGGAGCGACAGCAGAAGACAGCCACAACCUUCUCGCUUUCGGUACCUCGUUAGGUACCGUUGAGCUCUGGGACCCGCGCGCCAAGGGCAGGGCUGGAGUGCUGCUGCCUCCCACUCAAGCGGGCCCCGAUGACCUGAGAAACGAGGUCACGGCACUGGAGUUUCAUCGUUCAGGGCUGACUCUUGCCACUGGUUCCUCCAACGGACUGAUCCAUCUUUACGAUCUACGGUCGCCCGUUCCCUUACUGAAGAAAGACCAAGGAUAUGGGUUCCCUAUCCAUACCCUCAAAUUUCUGCAGCCAUCAACGGCUACCCGUGAACAAACCCUCGAUCCCAAGAUUCUCUCCGCCGAUAAAAAGAUCAUCAAGAUCUGGGACCCCCGUGAUGGAGCCCCCUGGACCUCUGUCGAACCCGCCGUCGACAUCAACUCAGUUGCUUGGUGCAAAGACAGCGGGAUGAUCCUGACUGCCAACGAGGGCCGACAGCAGCACUCCUUCUUCAUUCCCCAACUUGGGCCUGCCCCUCGAUGGUGCUCAUUCCUGGAUAACUUGGUCGAAGAAAUGGCAGAGGAUCCCAACGAUCCGAACGCAUUUAACCCUGCGCAGGCCGGCUCUGUCUACGACAACUACAAAUUCUUGACUGCUCCCCAGCUGAAGACCCUGAAUCUCGACCACCUGAUCGGCCGAACCAAUCUGCUACGACCUUACAUGCACGGAUACUUCGUCGCGCAACGACUGUACGAGGAAGCAAGACUCAUCACGAACCCAUACAUCUGGGAAGAAGAGCGCGCCAAGCGAAUCAAGGAGAAGAUUGACCAGGAACGCGAGAGUAGAAUCCGGGGCAAGAAGAAGGCAGCCGUCAAGGUCAACAAGAAACUGGCCGAGAGGCUCCUGGAAAUGGAGGAGAAGAACGAGCGUCGCAGAGCCAAGCGCGUCCUGCAACAAGGAGGCGACGAGGAGAUGGUCGAUGCACCUGCCCCUGCCCCUGCCCCUGCAGCCGCAGCCGCAGCCGCAGCCCCCAGCACCGGCGGCGUCCUGGGCGAUAGCCGUUUCGCCAGGCUCUUCGAGGACGUAGACUUUGCGAUCGACGAGACCUCCCGAGAAUACCAGCUACAUAAUCCCAGCAGUGCGCCUUCUCGUCCUGAGCGCAAAGAACGGGGUCUCACCGCAGUGGAGCAAGAGGAACUCGACGACGUCCCACAAUCCUCCUCAGACGAGGACUCCUCGUCCGACAACGAGGAAGAACGCCGCGCCAGGUCCCAAAAACAACCCGCCGCCAGAUCCUCCAAAAUCUCAUCGGCCUCGUACAACAAAGCCACCCGGUCUCAGCACCAUCAGCAGCAGCCUCACAUGAAGAUCUCCUCGUCAACAGGCGCUACUUCCACGCGGGACCGCUCGUUCGGGUCCCGUGCCCAGAACAUGCGCACAAAGGAACGACCCUCUCGUCACGGCGCAGUCGUCGGCGAACAAGAAGUCACAUUCACCCCACAUGGCAAGUCAAGGCGGAAUAAUGCUGGUGGUGGUGGUGCUCCUCCUAAGAGGAACUCGGAUUCCAGUUUCAAAUUCAAGGAGCGACGAAGCGCGUCCGGAAAUGCUUUCCGCAGAAUGUGAUGCUCGAUAACUAUCUCUCUCUCCACCUUCUUACGGUGUUCCCC